CAAGAACUUGGAAGUAAGACAGAACGUAAACGCUGAGGUAGUGAUCAGACCAAACUAAUCCACGAUGUUCUCAUCACAAUCGUCGUCACAUUAUGUCAAAUCGAGCAAAGUGGUUUCCUACGAAACGCAGAAGGUGAAUCGGGCCCGAAGUCAUGUGACCACCAGUCACGUGGACUUGUCUAGAAACUACAAUGACCAACUGGCUGAUCGAAUGUUCUACAGUACAACGGCGAUCGACAGCAAUGGAUUGGCCGACUCAUCAUCCACCCGGUAUUCUGGUUCCUCCGGUACCGUCGCCUAUAACAACACCCGUCGUUCCAGCAGCAAUACGUCAUCUGAAGGAAGCAUCAGAGAAUUUGUUAUCAACCCUGACCCUUUGGACCAAGAAGGGACCUACUCGGUUGGAAUCAUCUUCGAUCGCACCGUGAACGACUACAUCAAGGACAAGAGCAGCGUCACAGUGGAAGCCAGGUCCCCGUCUGGUCGGUUGAUAACCUUUAGCGGAGAGACCAACUAUACAGCAAGAUUCGAUGCUUCGGAAAUCGGGAGAUGGACCGUGAAAAUAUUGUACAAUGGUCAUUGUGUGGAGAGCGGCAGUAUUUACGUAUGUGACCCUUGUAAAGUCCGUGUGAAAGGACCAUCUCACGGCACUGUGGGUGAAAUGAUCAGAUACAGAGUGAACUCGUUGGAAGCUGGACCCGGAGAUAUAAAACUCGAAGUGCUUCUCGGGGAGAAGAAAAUACCAGCUGACAUAGAGGGCGUGAAGAAACAAGUGGUGAAGGCAGAUUUUAUACCCCGGGUACCCGGCACAUAUCGAGUCAAGGUGAAAUAUAAUGGGGUGGAAAUCAAAGAUAUCACUCAAGUCACUUCCCCCAAACCGGUCAUUCAUAAAGCUGUGUUCUUUAUGAAAAUUGACGACGAUGAAUUCGGAGCGAAAAUUAACCUGAAAUGUGACUGGAAAAUGGACUACGAACAAGGAACCCCAUUCUGGAUACAAGUGGACACACAACCCGACAUUCAGAUCAUCGACAACUCGGAUGGCGAAACCAAUAAUGUGGAACUAUUAGCUGACUGUAACAGAGCGGGAGAUGGUUUAAUCGAAGCCACUGCCACCCAUAAUGGUAAGGUCAUUCCUGUGGAAGUGGUUGAAAGACAACCAAGGGUGUACGCCAUUAAAUUUACCCCAGACACACCCGGAAGUUACAAAAUUAGGAUAUUCUACGAUGGGAAAGAGGCGAAAUGUUCUCCGUUUAUUCACGUCAUUGAUGCCUUAAUGAUGCCGAUAGCUUACGGAGAUGGACUCGUUCAUGCUUUCGAAGGAAGACCCUGUGUUUUCUAUGUUAACCCUUACGGACAAAGGGGAAACUUAUCAGUUCAAAUCAAAGGACAAAACUCGGAACUUCACCAAACUAUCACCCUUGACCCAAACGGACACUACAAAGUCUGUUAUAAACCAGUUGAGCUUGGAAGACAUACAAUUCACGUAAAAUGGAGUAAUCAGCCCUUAGACGGCAGUCCUUUCCACCCGACAGUUGUGAACCCAGAUAGAGUGCGGGUGUUACUAGGUUCCAAUAAUCUACUAAAUGCUGCCGAACUCCAAUCCAACGACAAAAUCCGAGUCCCACUUGUGGUGAAUGAACAGAAGCAGUUGGAGUUCCACACGAGAGAUGCCGGACCAGGUGAAUUAACUGCAGAAGUGUUAGGACCUACAAAGAAGGUUCCCAUUAUCAUAGACUCUCCCAAUUCGACCACCAAGAUUAUUAGUUUUACCCCAAGAGAAGAAGGAUCCCAUCAAAUUGAAAUUUUCUGGUCUGGUUAUGCAUUACCCCGUUCCCCGUACGAGGGUUAUGCCACCCAGCAACCAGUACAAAAUGUGAGACCAGACGUACCGCUCUUUCUCUCGGUUCCAAACGACAAACGGCCCAUAACUCCAACUCCUAGCGUAACUUCAAGCGGGAAGCGAAGUCCGAGUUUCCCCAAAGUGAUUCUGAAAGGAUAUGGAUUAAAAGAAGCCAAAGUUGGUUAUCCUGCCAGCUUCACGGUGGAUGGCACCGAUGCCGACUAUGGUGAACCCUAUGCAAAACUCACUGGUUACAACCAACAAGAUGCUGUUGAAGUCUACACUCGACAUCUUGGUCAAAAUGUAUACAUGUGUGAAUACACCCCUGUAAAGCCAGGAGCACAUCUCCUCUCCAUAUUAUGGAAUGGUCGCAAACUGAAAGGGUCACCCUAUAAAGUAAACGUUCACCCACCGGAUUACCAUCAAAAGAUCCUGAUGGUGGAUGAUUUUCCUAAAAGAUUACAGAACCCCACAGUUGGUAGCCGGCUUAGUCUAAAGUUCAACCCCCAAGACGGUGGAAUUGGUAUGUUGACAGCUGAAUGCUUAGGUCCCUCCGGCCUAGUCCCCUGUCAUGUAAAUAGGAAUCCAGAUGCAAGCCAGAGCGUGAGAGUCACCCCAAGGGAACCAGGAAAACAUUUACUUCAAAUCAAAUAUGAUGAGAUUCACGUAAUGGGGAGUCCGUAUGAACUUGAUGUGGGUGUGUCAAAGCACACAGGAAAGGUCGUUGUGAGCGGACCCGGGUUACAAGACGGCAUCCUCGACCAUUACAACAGUAAUUUUAUGGUAAAUACUCAGAAUGCUGGACCGGGAGAACUGAAAGUCAGCAUUAUGGGACCUAAAGGCGCCUUCAAGACAGAAAUGCAUCGCAACAGUCAUGCAGACAAGAUCUUCACCUGUUCUUACAGACCAAUCGAGGCCGGAGUUUACACGAUUCACGUGAAAUGGUCAGGAGUCAAUGUUUCUGGGAGUCCGUUUAUCGUCCAUCUGGCAGAAACCAGAGACGAACUAAGCCGCAUGUUAUUCGAAAGGAUUUCUAUGACACAUGAGCCACGGUACCCAGACACCUUAUAUUAAUAAGGGACCAGGUGCACAUUGAUGAACCCUGCAUUCUGGAAGAAUCCGUGUGAGAUCCUCAAACUGCAUAUUAAUUAAAAUGGAUCAACGGAUGUAAAACUUAAUUGCAAAUACAAAUAUUGUUAUAUUUUGAUUUUUUUGUUUUUUAACAUAUUCAAAUGAGGGGGGUGGGGGAGGGGAGGUAGAAUGGCUGUGAGGUUACGUAAUUGGACAAUAUUAAUUAAUGAGUUUUGAAUUAACUACAGCUAUUAUACAGCACAAGGUGCAUAACUCUGCUUGCCUCAGUUUGCCUGGCUGACAAAACAGGUUUCACUCCGUACUUCACGGUUGAAUGGUUAAUUGUAGGAAUACCAAGCAACUGUGAAAAGAAUUUCUCUAAGAAAUGGAGAAAUAUGAAUAAACCAUUCCAUCUUUGCAUGAAAGAGCAAAUAAAACAAUAUAUAAAUGAAUAACAAAAACAGAAAAA